UCUAACAUUUUCCAGUGUAGUGAUUUAUCUACCACCGAAACUGUAUCAAAGGAUAACACUUUGAUGAAGCCCAGAUAACCUUACAUAAUAUGCAGUCAGCAUCAACAACCUUGUACCAACUUCCCAGUCUCCGGGGAAAGUUUCAAACUUUACUAUCAAAAGCUCAACUUUUUCCAGUGAGGAGCUGUUUUUGCAGACCAAGAACAAGGCCUUCAGUUUCUGGGUCUGGGAUGAGAUCAGUAAUUGCCUUAAGUGGUUCUUCUUCUUCUUCGUAUGCAGUUGAUGAUGGGUUUGUUACACUGAUCGAAUAUGUGGGCAAAAGAGGAAUAAAUGUGGAAGAUGGUUUGGUGGUGUUGCUCGAUCACAUACAAUAUGCUUGCAAGAGAAUUGCAACUCUUGUGGCUUCUCCUUUCAAUUCCAGCCUUGGCAAGCAAGAGGGUAUUGGUGCUGCUUCUGGUUCAGAUAGGGAUGCUCCUAAGCCUCUUGAUAUUGUCUCGAAUGAAAUUAUCUUGUCAUCACUGCAAAAGUCUGGAAAAGUUGCUGUUAUGGCUUCGGAAGAAAACGAUGCACCAAUUUGGAUAAGUGACGAUGGUCCAUACGUGGUGGUAACAGAUCCCCUUGAUGGUUCACGAAACAUUGAUGCAUCAAUUCCAACUGGUACAAUCUUUGGUAUUUAUAAGCGCCUUGAGGAACUAGAUGAUCUACCCACUGAGGAGAAAGCUAUGCUGAAUUCGCUCCAAAGUGGAAGUAGGCUGGUUGCUGCUGGAUAUGUUUUAUAUUCAUCUGCAACUAUACUGUGUACCACCUUUGGUUCCGGAACUCAGACAUUCACUCUUGAUCAUUCAACAGGAGACUUUAUCCUCACGAAUCCAAGCAUCGAAAUUCCUCGCCGUGGGCAAAUUUAUUCGGUGAAUGAUGCUCGGUAUUUUGAUUGGCCUGAAGGAUUAAGGCGGUAUAUAGACACAAUUAGACAAGGAAAAGGUAAAUAUCCAAAGAAGUAUUCAGCUAGGUAUAUAUGUUCCCUGGUGGCUGAUCUCCACCGAACUUUGAUGUAUGGGGGCGUGGCAAUGAAUCCGAGGGAUCAUCUCCGGCUUGUGUACGAAGCAAACCCUCUUAGUUUCAUUGUAGAGCAGGCUGGUGGAAGAGGAUCUGAUGGCAAAAAUAGAAUUCUUUCCCUUCAACCAGUUAAAUUGCACCAAAGGCUUCCUCUAUUCUUGGGGAGUUUGGAGGAUAUGGAAGAGCUAGAAAGUUAUGACGAUGUUCAACAAAGAGUGAAUCCAGGUUAUGAGGUUUGAUAAUGUGGCACAAAAGUUUUCAACAUUGGUGUAAAUCCAAUCUGCUUCAGGAAUUGUGAUGCAAAUAUAUUUUUCCCUUCUCUUGCUAUUCACUUUUCUUGACUCUGCUUCCUUGAGAUGACUAUGGACACUGCUUACAACACUGUAGGGAUAUAAAUUAAUAUGUCAUCUAUCAUCUUAUUUUGAUU